AGAAUAAUCCCUGGUUUACCCAAAAGUGCCCUGCACUUCGUUGCUCAACAAAAUCUAAGUCAAUGCUUACAAAUGUGAAAAUGCUCUGAAAGUUGAGUGAUCUAUGAAUGCAUGUUUUCAUCUUUCCUAGAUUGGGUGUGGAAGAAUACUGACCUGACACACAUCAGAGCUGAUCAGAUGUCUGGCCCAGAUAAAGACAUAAGGGAGGAGACAGAAGAAGAGCAUGAAGAGAAACACAAAAAUGCAAAAGCACCAAAGGAUGCAGCACCUCCACCACCGCCCUUUCUCCCCAGGGCAGAAAAUGACACCAGCACAGAGCUGGUGCUUAAAGUCAGAAAACAGAGUCCAAGAGAGAAUGACUUCAUUGAAAUUGAACUUGACAGACAAAAACUAACUUAUCAGGACCUAUUGCAAGUGAGUUGUCGGGAAUUAGGAAUUAACCUUGAGCAAGUGAUGAAGAUUAGAAAGUUACCCAACACACUGCUCAGAAAGGACAAAGAUAUUUCAAGACUACGGGAAUUUCAAGAACUAGAGCUAAUUCUAGUGAACCAUGGCAUGACAGAAUCUACACCAUCACUGAUAGAGAAACCCUGCUACAAUCACAAUGCUUCGAAAAUGACUUACUAAGCCAAAUAUAAAAACCUGAGGAAAAAAUUCUAAGUGCUGGCUAUGGAUCAAGAAUCUGAUUCUACUUUCAGCUCCAACCUGUGACCGAAGUUUUGUGGCAAAAUAUAAUUCUUCAUAUAUAACUUUUCUGUAACUUCACUUCCCAGGUUGUUUCGUGUUUUUUUGUUUGUUUUGUUUUUUAAUGAAAAUGGAUGUUUUGUUUUGUUGGGACAGAAGAGCCUAUAGUUCUUAAACCAGUACCAAAUACAUACAACAGCAGCACUUUGUUAAACAGAAAUGUGUAAAAGUAAAGAUUAGCUAGCAUUCAUCCACCAAUAAUUUAUUAUCUUCUAUAGGUGAAGUACUAAAUGGGCUUCUUGAAAGAUAAUUGUUUUUUAAUAGCUGGUUAUUUAGGCAGCAACUAGGUCCCAAACUCCUACAUUACCACACUAACCAGUAAGGAUCAGGCAGGACCGAGUGAAGCUAGUAGUUAUGGUACCUCACCUCAUAAACUGUGUCAGGAUAUAGUUCCCUCAUUCCACAGUGAGCAACUCUGGCUCCUGAACAAACAUGGGAUUAGUGGGCCCCUUUGCUUGAAGUCAGGCUAAUCUAAUUUUCCUGCUUAGGUACUUCAUCUGAUACUUGUGAAUAUAACUGCACUGAAUUUCUAAAUUAUAAAAAUGGUAGCACACAUGUUCAAUUACCUCUCAAAAUGACACGCCUGCCAUAGCAUCUUGGUUAUCCAAAUGUACCUCUUAAAUAUAACUACUUAAUUCCAGUUGUUUUAUUCUACUACCCAAUACCCUCCAGAUCAUCUUCUCUAGUAAAUGUUUCUGUACAGUGCACUAUAGGCACUUAAUGUAUGUUACUAAUGUUUAAAAAAAUCAACCCAAGUCAAAUUACCAAAAUCAACCUAUUGCCAAAGAAAUACUUUGUAAAAUUACACAAUUAAGCCAAAUAUAAAAUAAGAACUAAAAUUAGGUUUUUGUAAUUGUUUAUAUUACUGCUCUACUGUAUUAAUGUAGGUAUGGUUAACAUAUUU